CGGCGAGCGGAGCCGAUGGCGGCGGGGGUCGCGCGGCUGCUGCGCGCACUGCGUCCCAGCGCUGUCCCGGUGAUGUCCCGCCCGGUGAGGUCGGUGUCCCCCCCGGUGUCCCCCCCGGUGUCCCCGCCGGUGUCCCCGCGGGAGCUGCAGACGCUGCGGCUGGCGCAGGAGCGGCCGCACGUGCUGCACCUGCAGCUGCACCGGCCCAGCAAGCGCAACGCCCUCAACCUGCAGUGCUGGAGGGAGCUGGUGCAGUGUUUCCAGGACAUCUCUGAGGACCCCUCGUGCCGCGCCGUCGUCAUCUCCGGGGCCGGCAGCGCCUUCACCGCCGGGAUCGAUCUCUCUGACCUGGGCUCGGUGCUGGCCCAGCUGCCCCAGGAGGACACGGCUCGCCGGGCCUGGGCUCUGCGCCGGCGCAUCCUGGAGUUCCAGGAGAGCUUCAGCGUCAUGGAGAGGUGCCCCAAACCCGUGAUCGCCGCCGUGCACGGGCCCUGCAUCGGAGCCGGCGUGGAUCUGAUCUCGGCCUGUGACAUUCGCUUCUGCUCCCAGGACGCCUCGUUCCAGGUCAAGGAGGUGGACAUGGGGCUGGCGGCCGACGUGGGGACCCUGCAGCGCCUCCCCAAAAUCGUGGGGAGCCAGAGCCUGGUGAACGAGCUGGCCCUCACCGCCCGCGUGCUGCGCGCCCCCGAGGCGCUGAGCUGCGGCCUGGUCAGCCGGGUGCUCCCCGACAAGGAGACGCUGCUGGAGGUGGCCCUGGGGGUGGCCUCGGCCAUCGCCGCCCGCAGCCCGGUGGCCGUGCAGGGCACCAAGGUCAACCUGGUGUACGGCCGGGACCGGCCCGUCAGCGAGGGGCUGCAGCACGUGGCCACCUGGAACAUGGCCAUGCUGCAGACCGAGGACAUCCCCAAGUCCGUGCAGGCGGCGCUGGACAAGAAGGGACCCGAGGAUGUCCCCUUUGCCAAGCUCUGAUGUCACCUCCGUGCCACCAGUGUCCCCAACGUCCCCUUCUCCAUCCACCCUGGUGUCCCCUCGGUGUCCCCUCCCCAUCUCCGGGGCCACCUCAGUGUCCCCAAUAAAUCCCUUUGUCCCCA